AUCCCCCUCUCUCUCUCUCUCUCUCUUGCUAUCCCACUGUCCCUGUUCCUCUGUGAGUAGAGUUGUUCCUCGUUCUGGCUGGUUGGAACACUGCCGGCUGUCGCCAUGAAGAUCCAGCUCCUUCUCCUCUUCAGCAGCCUGCUGAUUUACCAAACACACACCUUUGAGUUUGUGAUUGACGGCGAGUGGGACAGCGAGCCGUCAGAUGAUGAUUCAGAAUCGUCGAAGGAAUUGCCGUCACAUUUCAGAAGACGGAGGGCCAUGCUGGUCAGUGAGGAGGAGGAUGAGUUCGAGGCCAUUAGAGGAAAUGACAUCACAGUUAAGAGCUAUAAAGUGGAGAGUCGCAUCACUUCCCGUUUCGCCCAUACCACAGUCAAGAGCUCUGUGGUCAACUCAGGCACUACAGCCCAGAGCAUUGGCUUCAAUGUCCAGAUCCCUAAACGAGCCUUCAUCACCAACUUUACCAUGAAUGUAAAUGGGAUAACAUUCAUUGGUUCAGUGAAGGAGAAGACUGUGGCCAGAAACCUCUAUGCCCAGGCCAGAGCGAGAGGCAAAGCAGCAGGCAUCGUCAGGGCUAACUCUCAGGACAUGGAGACGUUUAAGACGGAGGUGCACGUGCCCCCUGGUAGCAAGAUAGAGUUUGAGCUUCACUACCAGGAGAUGAUGCAGAGGAAACUAGGGAUGUACGAACACAGACUGCACCUGCAGCCAGGGAGACUGGUGCCUCAUCUGCAGGUAGACGUGUACAUCUUCGAGCAGAAGGGCAUCAGUAUGGUGGAGGCUCCUAACACACUGGGGGAGCACUUCCACGGCCUGAUCACCGUGACCAAGACCAAGGACAAGGCGCACGUUUCCUUCAAGCCCUCUCUGCAGCGGCAGAGGAAGUGCCACAACUGCACCGAGAGCGCCGUGGACGGAAUCUUCACCGUCAAGUACGACGUGGAGAGAGACAGCAAUGCCGGAGAACUGCAGGUGUCUGAUGGUCACUUUGUACACUUCUUUGCUCCCCAAAACCUCUCGCCCCUGUCCAAGAACAUCGUGUUUGUCAUCGACGUCAGUGGAUCCAUGUGGGGUCUGAAAAUGAAACAGACAGUGGAGGCCAUGGAGGCUAUCCUAGAUGACAUGACCAUAGAUGAUUACUUCAGUAUCAUAGAUUUUAACCAUAACGUCCGGUGCUGGAGUGAGGAACUGGUUCCUGGAAGCUCCAUCCAGGUUGCAGAUGCCAAGAAGUAUGUUCAGAGAAUCAAACCAAAUGGAGGGACAAACAUUAACGAGGCUCUGCAGCGGGCGGUGCAUAUGCUGAUCAAGGCGGCCAAUCAGGGCCUGAUCGACCAGCGCUCCGUCUCCAUGAUCAUCCUGGUGUCCGAUGGAGACCCCACUGUGGGGGAGAUCAAGCUGAGUAACAUCCAGAAGAACGUGAAGCGCAUCAUGCGUGAGGAAUUCUCUCUCUUCUCCCUGGGCAUCGGCUUCGACGUGGACUAUGACUUCCUGGAGCGCAUGGCCAUGGACAACAGGGGUGUGGCUCAGAGAAUCUAUGCCAAUCACGAUGCUGCUGAACAGCUAAGGGCAUUCUACAGCCAGGUCUCCUCUCCACUGCUCAGGAGGAUCACCAUUCAGUUCCCGGAAGGUUCCGUCUCGGACACCACACAGAGCCACUUUGACAAGUUUUUCAGCGGUUCCGAGCUAGUGGUGGCUGGGAAGCUGCAGUCCACCGGAUUCCCAACUCUCCACAGCUUCACCACUGCAUCUGCUGCCACCAUGGACAUGACCCUGCAGACAGAGACAGACAUCCGGGAGCUGGACACCAUACUGGACCAGCAGCAGCAUUCUGUAACUGGCUUUGCUCGGCAGAUGUGGGCCUACAUCACCAUUAACCAACUCCUGGCAGAGAGGGCUCUGGCCCCCACUGCAGCGAAGAAGCGUAAGAUCACGCAGCGCAUCCUGGGCUUGGCCGUGGAGCACCAGUUCGUCACGCCUCUCACCGCCCUGAUCAUCGAGAGUGACACCGAGAAGCUACUCGCUGACUCACCCAAGGACCCCAAACACGGCUGCUGCUCAGGUAUGGGGUCCCUUGGCCUGCGCCCACCUGUACAGCAGAUGGUCCACACCAUGCCCCCUUGGGCCCUAGGAACGGUCGCUCCCACCCCCAGCCCGGCCACCGGACACAUCACCGUAGUGGACAAUGACCCUCACUUCAUCAUCCAUCUGCCUAAGAGGGACAUGGAUGUCUGCUUCAACAUCGACUCUGAACCGGGCAACAUCCUCAACCUGGUGUCUGACCCUGGAACAGGUGUGGUGGUCAAUGGUGAGCUGAUCGGUUCUAAAACACGGCAGAACCACAAACUGAAAACGUACUUCGGCACCAUUGGCGUGUUCUACAGAUCAGAGGGGGUGCGGGUGACUGUGAGUACCGACCGGAUCGACGUUGUGGAAGGGAAGAACAACCACUCGUUCUCCUGGGGGGGCACUGCGGACAUCAUCACCAAUGGGGUUAAAAUCUCCAUAGAGAAGGACUCCAAGGUUACCGUGGUGGUCGACGGGAGGAUCUCGGUGAUGGUCCUCCUACAUCGCGUGUGGCGGAAGCACCCGGUGAACGUGGACUUCCUGGGAUUCUACGCCCCCAAUGAUAACCAGUACUCAGAGCGGGUCCAUGGACUCAUUGGGCAGUUUGCCAAUGAGCCUGAAGUGAAGGUGUUCAAUAUUCAUGACGGUCCGGACCCCAAGAAGAAGGAGGCCACCAUGGACGUGAAGGGCUACAAGCUGUCUGUCACCAGAGGCUGGCAAAAGGACUAUAGGGAAGAUAAGAAGAGGGGCACGGACAUUUCCUGCUGGUUCGUCCACAACAGUGGAAAGGGCUUCAUCGACGGUCACUUUAGCAACUACAUCGUCCCCUCACUGGACAGCUUUCUUCCUGAGCUCUGAUUGGCUGAAGGAUGAACAUGAAGAAAGAUAAUUGGGCGUUUCUGUGGGGGGGCCAAUGUCAUUUGGUCAGGAUAUGCACAGGAUUGUGGGACAUGGAGUUCAGACAGUUAAAAUCCACCGCGCACUGAGCUACUAAUAAAAUACACACACACUGCUUUUUCAAAAAAAAAAUCAAGCUAAUUAGAAGAUUGUAGGUGGAUGAGAUAUAAAACAAGUAAGGACUUUUGCUUUCUGAACACCAAUAAAUUAACUUCAAACCUUUAUAACAUGUAACAAGAGACCUUUCUAUUCCACAGUAAGGCCUUUCACUUCAUUACACAGGUCUCUCCUUCUGCAGCCAGUCCAAGCUGUGGCAUGUCACUCGUCUUAUAAAAUAGAAGCCCGUUUCCAAGGCAACAGUUUCCAAAUAUGGCCGACAAUUUACUGUGAAUGGGUGCUACAGUGUCCGGUGGGGCAAAGAACACACCGAUCAAUUAUAUUCAUGAAAAUAUUAAAUGUGAAUUAUGUGAAAAAUGUGAAAAUAUUUGUCAUAGAACUUAAGGAUGAACCACACUAACAUGCUGACCCACAUUGAUUUUUAAACAGCUGAUAUGUAAGAAAUGAAAAUGCACUUCCAAUGACGAUGGUGUACAGCGUGUUAAUGUUUCAAAAGAUCAGAUAAAGAUAAGGCAUUUCCUUGUUUAGAUGUUCAACAUGACAACUGAUUUUAUUUGUGGAUUCGUCUUUUCCUUUUUAAAAUUACAGUAUAUGAAAUAAAAUGGAGGACAAAAACCUACAAGAAAAA